UUCAACCACAAAUGCUUUGUUACUACCAUUAUUGGCUGCUACAGCUGCCACUGGAAAAUCAUACAGGAGAAAAAACUUAAACGUGGACAGUGCUGCUGUUCCCAGAGAGAACGAUUAUUUUACCCAUGUCUGAUCAUUUCAUUUUGCAUGUCUGUGCUUUUGGUGUUCGUGUGGGUAGAAUCAUCAAAUGAAUACAAUGGCUUUGACUGGGUCAUUUUUAUAGGUACAGGACUCUGGUUCUUCUGGUCCAUUGUCUUACUGAGUUUCCUUGGGAUCCUGGUUGCCUACACAUCAUUGCUCUUGGUACUUGGGUUUUUGUUGCUUUGGGAGGGGAUUGAAUUGUACCUGCACUGGUGUCAUAAGAUCCUGAUUCUGCUAGUGACUGUGAUGUGCUCGUUUUUUUUCUGGAGUCUGUUCACUUACUGGAGAGAUAGGUGGCUCACCGUCGGGCUGUCACUGCAGGUCUUUGCUCCCUACAUACACCUGAGCAGCAUAGCUAUGAUGGUUAUUCUUUCAUGGCCUUUGGCUUUCUACUUGAUCCGUUUGGAAGGAGAAGCUAGAUUCAGAAGAUACCAGAUGACAUGUAAUGAGAGAAAAAGAAACAGAUGUAAUGUGCUCACAAAGUUGAGAGCUCUACAAGUGGCUAUUGGAUUGCCCUUUUUUCUUAUCCUUUUGUGUCUCUAUUUGCUUCCAUUGGGGAAUUUUUCUCCCUGCGUUCAGGAGAAGGAUAAAUUGGCACCCAAGCCGGACUUGUUUGGACAUAGAGGUGCACCCAUGCUGGGGCCUGAGAAUACCAUAAUGGCCUUUGAGAAAGCUGUUGAACAUGGGGCCUGUGGACUGGAGAGUGAUGUACAUAUAAGUUAUGAUCAUGUGCCUUUUCUCAUGCAUGACUCUGACCUGAGAAGAACAACCAAUAUCAAAGAGGUCCUGCCAAAUGCCUCCUUGACACACCCUUCCUUAUUUGAUUGGGAUUUCCUGUCGACUCUGAAUGCAGGCAAAUGGUUUUCACAAAUCAAACCAUUUUUUGGUAUGAAAUCCUUAUCAGAGGCUGAUAGGGAAAGAGCAGGAAAUCAGAAGAUUCCAAAGCUAACUGAAUUAUUGGAACUUGCACAGAAGGAAAAGAAGUUUGUGAUCUUUGAUCUUAAUGGCCCUGCACCGAAUCAUUCUCUCCGAGCUUUGUAUGUCCGCCAUGUAGUAAGCAUAAUCCUUGACUCUCAGAUUGAGCAACGUCUGAUUUUUUGGUUGCCAGCUUUUGAAAGGGAGUAUGUCAAGAAAAAGGCUCCUGGUUUUCAGCAAGUGGGCCGGUUAUUCUCUGUUGAACGCCUCACAAAAGAAAAUAUCACUAGAGUAAAUGUUGACUAUAAGAACUUGUUCUAUAAUGGGAUGAGAGAAUAUAGAGCAGCUAACAUCAGCAUCAACUUAUACCUCGUCAAUGAACCUUGGCUCUUCUCACUGGCCUGGUGCUCCAGGAUUCCCUCUGUGACCACAGACAACAUUCAGGUCCUGAAUGAGAUGACUCAACCUUCCUACUUCAUGACACCAAAGUACUAUUUGAUUGUGUGGAUUCUCAUGGAUAUUCUUUCUGCAAUUUUCAUUGUUGCCAUACUUUAUUUUCAUUGGUGGAAAGAGAGCAAAAAAGAAAAAUUACUCAACAGCACCAGCAUUCACACAGAAUCUCUGAGUACAAGCCUCCGAACAGGAGAAAGUCAGAGUCAAGAACCUUCAUGUAUAUCCGUAGAUCCUGUCCCCCGAGUUACAGAAAUUCCUUGGGCUCAUGCAGACCUCUCCCCAGCUUUAACCAAGAAUGUAAGGAAGUACCCAUACUCUAGCUGUGUUUCAGUAGUCCCCAUGAAGAAAGCCAGCAAAUCAAAGCAAGUCAGCAAAACCAUCAAGACACCAGUGCCUGGCAAGGAUGACAUUAGACAACUGGUCCCCACCUUGAAGGCCUCUGAAUCCAUCCAAGCACCUGUCCGGGGUUCUGCCAGAGAGGCCAACUACCAAUCUUCAUCAGCCUUGAAGGCGACUGGAAUAUUUUCCUCCAUAGACGUCUCUCAUCCUCAGAAACAAACUGAAAGGCCCCCCAAUACUAAAUCUUCUGAAGAAUCCCUUCCUGUUUUCACCACAUCCAGCCCAUCCUCCUCCUCCUAAGCCUGUCUGCAAAGAAUUAACCACAACUUGCUCCCUUCUUCCUC